AAAGUUAAAAUUUGUUCAAAAGAAGAACGAAAGGCUUUUGAAACUCAAUGAGUAUCAUUCACAUUACUCUUUCUUUUCUCUUCUUGUUUGUUUUUGAUUCUCAUGACGUGUUUGCGGCUACUACUAGACAUUUGUGUCGUCCGGAACAAAGGAAUGCACUUCUCCAGUUGAAGAACGAGUUUAAAAUUUGGGUAAGUAAUGGGAAGACGGAGUCAUGGGCAAAUGACACUGAUUGUUGUUAUUGGGAUGGUAUCAAGUGCGAUGCCAAGUCUGGGGAAGUGAUCGAGCUAGACCUUAGUAACAGUUAUCUCUACGGUCAGUUUCAUUCCAAUACCAGUCUUCAAAGCUUUCGUUUUCUCACCACUCUAAAGCUUUAUUAUAAUGAUUUAUACGGUGAAAUUCCGUCUUCAAUUGGAAAUCUUUCACUUCUUACCUCUCUUGAUCUUUCUUCCAAUCAGUUUUCGGGUCAGAUUCCAUCUUCAAUUGGAAAUCUUUCACUGCUUACCUCUCUUGAUCUUUCUUCCAAUCAGUUUUCAGGUCAGAUUCCAUCUUCAAUUAAAAAGCUCUCUCAUCUCGAAACUCUUGACCUCGGUCGAAACAGACUCACGGGUGAAAUCCCAGAUUCUUUUGCUAGUUUGAAAAAUUUGACGAGGUUAGAUGUUAGUGCCAAUAAGCUUAGUGGUAACUUUCCAAUUUCCCUUCUAAAUUUGACAGAGUUGUCGUAUUUAUCACUCACUUCCAAUCAACUCACAGGAACGCUUCCUCCAAACAUUAGCUCACUCUCCAACUUGCGAUAUUUUUGGGCAAGUGACAAUGAUUUCGUUGGAACCAUUCCUUCUUCUCUCUUCACCAUUCCUUCUUUGACAGAUAUCAUUUUGUCAAAUAACCAACUCGACAGCCUUCUUGAGUUUGGGAAUAUAUCUUCACCAUCGAAGCUAAAGUGGUUAGUGCUUGGCCGUAACAACUUGAGAGGGCCAAUACCGAGAUCUGUUUCCAAAUUAGUCAAGCUCAGGGUACUUGACCUUUCCAACUGGAACACCCAAUUAGGCCCAAUUGACUUGAGUAUCUUCUCGCAUCUAAAGUCACUCCGAGAUCUUACCUUAUCCCAUUUGAACACCACCACUACGAUUGACUUGAAUGCCAUCUUAUCAUGUUCUCAGAGGCUGGAAACAUUGGAUCUCUCAGGGAGCCAUGUUUCAGCCAAAACCAAGAGCUCAGUUUCAGAUCCUCCUUCGCAAAUGUUAGGUUAUUUAACCUUGUCAGGCUGCGGUGUUACCGAAUUUCCAGAGAUCAUAAGAACACUGCAUUCAAUGAGUUAUCUAGACAUUUCCAACAACAACAUCAAAGGUCAAGUGCCUGGCUGGUUAUGGACACUACCAAAUCUGACAUACGUGAAUCUUUCCAACAACACUUUCGUCAGUUUCGAAAGUCCAACGAAACAAGGACUAUCCUCUGCCAUGCGGUUCUUGUUUGGCUCCAAAAACAAUUUCACAGGAAAGAUUCCCUCCUUCAUAUGCGCUUUGGACUCUCUAAGGGUUCUCGAUUUAUCUAGCAACAAGUUGAAUGGUUCAAUCCCUCUUUGUAUUGGAAAUCUCAAGAGUAAUCUUUGGGUUCUAAACCUCCGUCAUAAUCGUCUUAGUGGAGGCCCUCCCGAGAAUGUAUUUGAACGUCUACGGUCGCUUGACGUUGGUUAUAACCAACUGGUGGGAAAGCUUCCAAGAUCUUUGAUCCAUUUCUCUGCCCUUGAAGUUCUUAAUCUGGAAAGCAAUAGAAUCAACGACACGUUUCCGUUUUGGUUGAGUUCUCUACAAAAUCUGCAAGUUAUUGUCUUACGCUCCAAUGCAUUCCAUGGACCGAUACAUCGAGCCUCCUUCCUUCAGCUGAAAAUCAUGGACAUCUCGCAUAAUCACUUCAAUGGAAUUUUGCCAUCAGAUUAUUUUGUGAACUGGAGUAAAAUGUCAUCACUUGGGACAGAGGAAGAUCGGUCGAAUGAAAACUACAUGGGAGAUAGAAAUUACGAAGACUCAAUGGUUUUGAUGAAUAAAGGAGUAGCAUUGGAGCUGGUACGUAUCCUGAAAAUCCUCACAGCACUCGACUUCUCCGGAAACAGACUUGAAGGAGAAAUUCCAAGCUCCAUCGGCCUAUUGAAAGAGCUUCACGUACUCAACUUGUCAAACAAUGCUUUCACUGGCCACAUUCCAUCAUCUAUGGGGAACCUGACAGCUCUCGAGUCACUUGAUGUUUCCCAAAACAAGCUUUCAGGUGAGAUCCCACAAGAGUUAGGGUAUCUCUCGUACCUUGCGUACAUGAACUUCUCCCACAACCAGCUUGUCGGUCUAGUCCCUGGAGGCACUCAGUUUCGAACGCAGCAUUGCUCUUCUUUUGAAGACAACUCGGGACUUUUUGGCCCUGCAUUUGAAGAAGUUUGUGGAGAUAUCCACACGCCCUCAUCGCAAGAGGAGGCAGAGGAAGAAGAUGAAGAAGUGUUUAGUUGGAUUGCAGCUGCAAUAGGAUUUGGACCUGGCAUUGUAUUUGGACUGACGAUUGGAUACAUACUGGUUUUAUACAAACCGAGGUGGUUCAUGAGUCCUUUUGGUCGAAACAAACGCAGAAGCAGAAGCACCACAACUCAUUAAGAGAGCCUUCUUGGACCCAAUAUGAAGAAUCUUUGGAAAAGAUAAUGAAGCAACCAAACCAAAGGACUGUAGAGAAGAAAGCUUGAGGAGAAGGCAACCCAUUUAUCAGUUAUUUUUUUCGGUUUAAUGUGUGUGUUUCUCGUUUACUCUGUUUUUAGCUAAUGUUUGUAUAUUUCUGUAUUUGAACAAUGAACUACUCUGUUUUCAAAGCUCAAACCUAUUCCUAUGUUUUGAGAGAGGUAGUAAUGUUAUUUCUCUGACUAUGUCUAGUGAUUAAAUCAAUCUCUCUUUUUAA